AUGAGGGGCCUCCUCGCGUGCGCCGCCCUCGCCCGCCGCGCCGCCUCCGCCGCGCCCGCGCGCGUCCGCCACCUGGCGGGCGCGGCGGAGGCGGCGGAGGCCGAGCUGAAGAAGACGGCGCUGUACGACUUCCACGUCGCCCACGGCGGCAAGAUGGUGCCGUUCGCCGGCUGGAGCAUGCCCAUCCAGUACAGGGACUCCAUCAUGGACUCCACCGUCAACUGCCGCGCCAACGGGGGCCUCUUCGACGUCGCCCACAUGUGCGGCCUCAGUCUCAGGGGCCGCGACGCCAUCCCGUUCCUCGAGUCCCUCGUCAUCGCCGACGUCGCGGCGCUCAGGGACGGCACCGGCACGCUCACCGUCUUCACCAACGAGAAGGGCGGCGCCAUCGACGAUUCCGUCGUCACCAAGGUCACUGACCAGCACAUCUACCUCGUCGUCAACGCCGGGUGCAGGGACAAGGACCUCGCCCACAUCGAGGCGCACAUGGAGGCGUUCAACAAGAAGGGCGGAGACGUCAAGUGGCACAUCCACGACGAGCGAUCGCUGCUCGCAUUGCAGGGUCCUCUUGCUGCACCAACUCUCCAGUUGCUGACGAAAGAUGAUUUGAGCAAAAUGUACUUCAGUGACUUCAAGCUGAUUGACAUCAAUGGAUAUUCAUGCUUUCUCACGAGAACUGGUUACACCGGCGAAGAUGGUUUCGAAAUCUCUGUUCCGUCAGAGAAUGCAGUUGAUCUUGCAAAGGCCAUCCUGGAGAAAUCCGAAGGCAAGGUGCGGUUGACUGGCUUGGGCGCCCGUGACAGUCUCCGACUGGAGGCAGGCCUCUGCUUGUACGGCAACGACAUGGAGCAACACAUCACGCCAGUUGAAGCCGGCCUCUCAUGGGCAAUCGGCAAGAGGAGGAAAGCGGAAGGCGGUUUCCUGGGUGCAGAUGUGAUCCUGAAGCAGCUUCAGGAAGGCCCAAAGAUCAGGCGUGUCGGCAUGAUCACACAAGGGCCGCCUGCGCGGAGCCACAGCGAGCUCGUGAGCAGCUCGGGGGAGAGCAUCGGCGAGGUGACCAGCGGAGGGUUCAGCCCAUGCCUGAAGAAGAACAUCGCUAUGGGCUACGUGAAAUCAGGAAUGCACAAGGCUGGGACAGAAUUCAAGGUGGUUGUUCGUGGGAAGUCCUACGACGCUGUGGUCACCAAGAUGCCGUUCGUGCCCACCAAGUACUACAAGCCCUCGUAG